UAGUGCAAAAGUUUAAAAAAAAGGAAAAAGAAAACGCUGUCACAUGCUGCACCGUGCUUGUACCUUUUGCUGUCAAUCGCUAGGGGAGCCAGCUUUGGUGCGAUGCCUCGGAUCAGGCUGUGUUUGGAAUGUGUGAGCGCAGUUGGGCAGCAGUCGUCGCCACUGUGCGUCGCUGAAGAUGUUGCAGCAGCAGCCUCUGACGGGCAACGGGCCAUCCAACGGCCGGGGACUGGGCGUGAGUGGCCACCCCGGGAUGCACGCGCUUAACUCGGUUCAUCAACCCUCCCAGCACCGGUCGGACGGAGGAGAGUCGGGCCUCGAGGGCACAGAGAACGGACAUGAAACCCGCAGAGACAUUGGUGACAUACUGCAGCAAAUAAUGACCAUCACCGACCAAAGUUUGGACGAGGCACAAGCAAAGAAACAUGCUCUCAACUGUCACCGGAUGAAACCCGCAUUGUUCAGUGUUUUGUGCGAGAUCAAAGAAAAGACUGGCCUGUCAAUGAGGAACAACCAGGAGGAAGAGCCUCAGGAUCCUCAGCUGGUGCGUUUGGACAACAUGUUGCUGGCAGAAGGUGUCGCGGGGCCAGAAAAGGGUGGUGGAGCUGCUGCUGCCGUGUCCGCUGCCACCAGCUCAGGAGGGAUGUCACCUGACAGCUCGCUCGAGCACUCCGACUACAAAAGCAAGUUGAGCCAGAUUCGCAGUAUCUACCACACUGAGCUGGAGAAGUAUGAGCAGGCUUGCACUGAAUUCACCACCCACGUGAUGAACCUGCUGCGUGAGCAGUCACGCACACGGCCCGUAACUCCGCGGGAGAUCGAGCGCAUGGUGGGCAUCAUCCACCGGAAGUUCAGCUCCAUCCAGACCCAGCUGAAGCAGAGUACUUGUGAGGCCGUCAUGAUUCUGCGGUCCCGCUUCCUCGAUGCCAGACGUAAAAGGCGCAACUUCAGCAAACAGGCCACAGAGGUCCUCAAUGAGUAUUUCUACUCCCACUUGUCUAACCCAUAUCCCAGUGAAGAAGCCAAAGAGGAGCUUGCCAAGCAGUGUGGAAUCACUGUCUCUCAGGUUUCCAACUGGUUUGGCAACAAGAGAAUCCGAUACAAGAAAAACAUCGGUAAGUUCCAGGAGGAGGCCAACCUCUACGCCAUGAAGACAGCUUUGGGGGCCAGACAGGGUGAUGAUUCCCCACAUACUCCCAACUCCACAGGGUCGGGGUCCUUCUCUUUGUCUGGAUCAGCUGACCUGUUCCUCGGGGUUCCAGCUGUGAACGGCGAGCACUCUGCCUACCAAAUGGGAGCGCAGGCGAACGGAAACUGGCAAGGUCGAAACUCGCCGCUGUCUGGCACUUCGCACCACAGCGACGCUUCAGAAAACUCUGACUGAUGGCCCCGCCCACUGGCACAGAACGACAGCGACGGAAAGAUUGAUGACAGACAAGACAGAAAGAAUGAUAUCACACUUCCCACUUGGUUGCAGUUGUUUGGUUUUUUUGUAUGUCAUUUGUUUGGUUUGGUUAUUUUAAAUGUACAUUUUCAGUUUGUUUUUUCGUUUCUAACCGCUCGGCAUCGGUCAUUAUUAUGUUUGUAUGAACAGAUGAGUGCACAGCGUGAAUGUGUGGGUCCGCUUGUUUACCUUCAGCCGAGCGAUGACCCAGGGAGAAGUGAUUACGAGCGGUGGAGGAGGAGUUAGAAAAGCGUUUACCGGAGGAAAAAGGCUUUAAACAAACAAGAUGCAUCGAUCUUUCAGGGCGAAAUUCAUCAUAAAAACAAAGUUAAUCAAGCCAUAAUUUUAUACGCAUUCCUUUCAGGUUGUAGUCUGCAAAGUUGCAACACCGUCCAUUGGAGGUCUAUUAACAUAUUAGGAUAAUUAGUUGGAUUGGAACAGAACUUUGCUAGAGCAGCUGAAAAGAAUCAUAUCCGCGGAAGUUGUUUGAGAAAUUAUAUUAGUGUGAAAUUAUCUACUGAGCUUAAAUGAGGCCACAUAACAUUUUCUAAGUUUAUCUGCAAACUGACUGAUUUGUUUGUUCACCCAUGUGGUUAAAAAGGACGUUCUCACCCAACAAGCUGUCGGCUCUGAGCGGGUCAGCGGUGCCCCGGCUGAUCGCCCAGUUUAAAUAGAGUGAAGACUCUGCCCACCCGGUUCUCUGUCUGGUCACCCUGUUGGUAAAUGAUGCGGACCCUGUGUGUGUUGUGUGCAUGUAGGUGUGGUUUUAUUAUGGGGGUUGUAGGGCAUGUUUUCCACUACUUUUGACCUGUUACUGAGAAUUAUUUGUGGUUCGGGAGGGGGAGGGUUGGGGACUGCAUUAUCAUUGUUUUAGCACAUUAUAUCAUUAAUAUUAUUGCUUUUAUUACUAGGGCAACAACUAUUUUCUUUUUAACGGCUCAGAAAGAGAGAGUGCAUUAGUGAGUGAGAGGGCAAUAGAGAAAUAUCCAAAGACUUUGUGUGUUUGUUUCUCUGUGUUGUGUUUAUCUUUUUCUUUUCUUUUUGUACUGGGCUUAUGUGUCCCUGUAAAAUGAAUGAGGUGUGCUUGAGUCCAUAUUAAUGGUUUGAAUGAGUGUAUCAACAGUGCUGUCUUUUUCUGUACAGUGAAACACCUGUAUUCUCUCUACCUCUUUUACAAUAAAGACUCUGUAUUAACAAGCA